ACAUCCCUGGGAUACAGUGAUCAAAGCUGCUAUGAGAAAGUACCCCAACCCGAUGAAUCCGUGUGUGGUAGGAGUAGAUGUCCUUGACAGAAGCCUUGACAACCAGGGGAGGCUGCACAGUCACCGUCUUCUCAGCACGGAGUGGGGAUUGCCAAGCAUCGUAAAAGCAAUUUUAGGAACAAGUAGAACUCUAACCUACAUUGAGGAACAUUCUGUGGUAGAUCCUGUGGAAAAAAAGAUGGAGCUUUGCUCAACUAAUAUUACUCUCACUAACUUGGUGUCUGUUGAUGAGAGACUGGUUUACACACCUCAUCCUGAAAACCCUGAAAAAACUGUGCUAACUCAAGAAGCAAUUAUUACUGUUAAAGGCAUUAGCUUGAGCAGUUAUCUGGAAAGCUUAAUGGCAAACACGAUAUCUUCUAAUGCCAGAAAGGGUCGGGAUGCCCUGGAGUGGGUAAUCAGCAAACUAAACACAGAACUGGAGGAGCUGAAGUCAACGCGUGAGGGCAUGAAACCAGCCAUGGCAGCAGCGUCCGCGGGAAAAUAAAACCAAAUGUUUGGUUUCACCAAAUCAAACCAAGUAACUGACAGAAAAGUCUUACUCUGCAGGUUGCUCUGCAGAGCUUCCUUCCACGGCUGAUCCACGGAGGUUUUGUGUAUUCAUAAGAAUAUUGGAUCAGCAGAAAAGUAACCUCAUCUCUCAUCUCCACAGCAGCUCUUGUUGCCUACUGAAGAUUAAAUUGACCUCCUGCAGAUGCUCUUUUCAUUUAAACAAUUAAUUUUUAACACUGGAAGUAAACAUUUAGCACAUUUAAAACAGCCUAAAUGUGCCUUUUGUAACGAAGAUAGAGAGUAUGUUAUAUUUACACCGUCUCGGUUUGUUGUACUCAAGCUUGAAAAGAAUGUGUGGGAUUAAGGGUUUUCCAUAGGAACUUUUGUUC